CAUUAACAAUUUAAAGGACAUCAAAGUCUCCCAGUUGCUUGUUAUGUUUCAAGAAAUUGACUUUUUUGAGUUUUGUAUAAUAGAAAGGCAAGCAAUGAGCAGUGGGCAGAGCGAACAAUUUCGAUAGUAAAGAGAGGUUUUUGUUUAGAGUUUUUGGGUGUCUUAAGCUGCACCAUGCCGUUUGAAGUUAUGGAUCAUAGGGGUAGUACUACGGCAUCUUCUCACUAUUUCGAGGACAUUCAUUUGCCUGCUGAGAGACAAAUUGGGUUUUGGAAUCCGAAUACAAUGCCUGAUCACCAAGGCGGGCCACUACCAAUGCAUUAUGCAGAGUUAUCACAGUCAAUCCUAGACAGAGAUAAAAAAGAGAAGUCACUCAUUAGUGAACAAGGAGCUAAUAUGUGCGAGCAUGCAUGGAGUUCUAUGGAUCAUCAUCCAAAAUCCUGGUCAAGUUUGUCAUUGCAACCUGCAUCUUAUAGCAAGGGGAGAAGUAGGGCUGAUAUCAGUGCGGCCCAGUGGGAAAACAGUCUCUUCUCAAGCUCAUUUUCUGAAAUAUUCAGCAGAAAGUUGAGGUUUUCAGGAAAUGACAUUCAUUCUCAUCAACCUGCUAAAACCAUUACUUCCUCCAACGGGGAAGAAGAGCCCUUUGAAUCUCUUGAAGAACUUGAGGCGAAAACUAUUGGAAAUCUCCUCCCUCCUGAAGAUAACAUGUUUUCUGGAGUGACUACUGAGUUGGGGCAUGAUGCUCAGAACAAUAACUUGGAUGAUCUAGAAGAUUUUGACCUGUUCAGCAGUGGCGGAGGCAUGGAAUUAGAAGGGGAAGGGGGCCAAGGAAAUUCAGGUCUCCUUGGGGGAGUUCCCAAUGGUCAAGGGGACUCUAAUGGUUCAACUGUUGUUGGACAUCCCUCUAGAACGCUUUUUGUCAGAAACAUCAAUAGCAAUGUUGAAGAUUCUGAAUUGAAGGCUAUUUUUGAGCAAUUUGGAGAUAUCCGAACUCUUUAUACAGCGUGCAAGCACCGUGGCUUUGUAAUGGUUUCUUAUUAUGAUAUAAGAGCAGCUCGAAAUGCAAUGAAUGCGCUUCAAAAUAAACCAUUGAGGUGUAGGAAACUUGACAUUCACUAUUCAAUUCCAAAAGACAAUCCAUCAGAGAAAGAUAUGAACCAGGGCACUAUAGUGGUCUUCAACCUUGAUUCCUCUAUUUCAAUUGAUGAGCUUCACCAAAUAUUUGGUGUUUAUGGGGAAAUUAAAGAGAUCCGUGAAUCCCCACAAAGGCAUAAUGAUAAAUUCAUAGAGUAUUAUGACAUUAGGGAUGCAGAUGCCGCCCUUUCUGCACUAAAUAGGAGUGACAUUGCUGGCAAGCAGAUCAAGGUUGAAUCAAGUCUCCCAGGGGGCACUAGAAGAUAUACUUCAAAGAUGCUUCUGGCUGCAAUUGAUGAUCAAUGCCGAGGAACCUAUGAUUUUAUUUACUUACCAAUUGACUUCAAGAACAAAUGCAAUGUGGGCUAUGCAUUCAUCAACAUGAUUGAUCCUCAACAGAUCAUUCCAUUCCAUAAGGCGUUCAAUGGCAAAAAGUGGGAGAAGUUCAAUAGUGAAAAAGUAGCAUCUCUGUAUGCUCGGAUUCAGGGAAAAGCUGCUCUUAUUGCGCAUUUCCAGAAUUCAAGCUUGAUGAAUGAGGAUAAACGUUGUCGUCCUAUACUCUUUCAUACUGAUGGUCCGAACGCUGGUGAUCCGGAACCAUUCCCUAUGGGUACUCAUAUUCGAUCCAGGUUGGGUAAACCUCAAUCCACUGGCAACGAGGAGAACCACCAUAGUGGGAGCCCGUCCACUUUGGCAAAUGAAGAGGACUCUCCGAAUGGAAUACACUCUCCCGCGGGUUCUGAUUAUGUGGUUUUCUUUGGCCAAGACACUAACUCAAACCCUGUACGGGUGUAAAUCGUCAUUAUCCACCCUCAGCUCUGUAGAUUAGGGGUGACCUGACUAGUGACAACUCCCUUUUUGGCUAUAUAGACUCAUUUGACCAAGUUCUGAAUGCCAGAGUGCAUCUUCAGCAUCAGGUGGGUUCAGAAUUUUCUUUGUUCCCGCAAAAAUUUUCCCAUCUAGCCUAAUUAUGAUUAUAGAGAAUGUGGCUUAACUAGGCUUCAAAUUUUGGAUAAUCGAAUCAUGUACAGAAGCUCCCUGGUUGUGCACCAGAGGAGGUAUCUCUGUUUUUGUUCAUUUUUGGACCUCUGUAAUUUCAUUUUCCCCCAUAUAUUUCGGGGUUCCCUGGUGGUUCUGUUACUGUUCUAGGCCAAAUGUGGUUGCUAAAGGAGAGCCAUCGCCCAUUAAUGUAUCCCGAUUGUAGAAAUUUUUUAUGUGCUCAGAGUGCUGUUAAUGAUAAUAUUAUUUAUUUGGCGUUCAA